GCGCCGGGCGUAAGGCGAAGCCUGGCACGGUCCGCGCGGCCGCUACCUUGCUCCUGGCGCGUGAGUGCGAGGUGUGGGCCGUGCGUCGUGCGCGUGCGCGGGGCGAGAGCGCUGGGCCGUUGCAGGCGCGUGGCUGCUAACGUUGACAGCAGCGCCGGGCGCCCUACGGGCCGGUGCUUGCGGGGCCUCCCGCCUCGACCGGGGCUGCGGGCAGCCGUGGCGGCCGCCGGGGACCGCAAGGGGCGGAGGAAAGGAGGGGGCCAGACCCGGCACGCGGAGGAACAGCCGAGCAUGCCCCGGGACAACAUGGCCUCCCUGAUCCAACGGAUCGCCCGCCAGGCUUGCCUCACCUUCCGGGGCGGCGGGGGCGGCCGCAGAGCUUCCGACCGCGGCGCGGCGUCUAGCCCCGAAGCGCCGAUGCCGCCGGGCUUCCCGGAGAACCUGAGCAAGCUGAAGAGCCUGCUGAUCCAGGUCCGCGCGGAGGACUUGAACAUCGCCCCGCGCAAGGCCACGCUGCAGCCACUGCAGCCCAACCUGCCCCCCGUCACCUACAUGCACAUCUACGAGACGGACGGCUUCAGCCUGGGCGUGUUCCUGCUCAAGAGCGGCACGUCCAUCCCGUUGCAUGACCACCCGGGCAUGCACGGCAUGCUCAAGGUGCUCUACGGCACUGUGCGCAUCAGCUGCAUGGACAAGCUGGAGGCGAGCGGCGGGCAGCGGCAGCGGGCCCCGCCACCAGAGCAGCAGUUCGAGCCGCCUCUGCAGCCCCGAGAGCGGGAUGCCGUGCGGCUGGGCGUGCUGCGCUCGCGGGCGGAGUACACCGAGGCCAGCGGUCCCUGCGUCCUCACGCCGCACCGGGACAACCUGCACCAGAUCGACGCAGUGGACGGGCCAGCAGCCUUUCUGGACAUCCUGGCCCCGCCCUACGACCCGGACAAUGGCCGGGACUGCCACUAUUACCGGGUGCUGGAGCCCGUCAGGGCCAAGGAGGCCUCCGGCUCGACCUGUGACCUGCCCCGAGAGGUGUGGCUCCUGGAGACCCCGCAGGCCGAUGAUUUCUGGUGCGAGGGAGAGCCCUAUCCAGGUCCCAAGGUCUUCCCUUGAAUCCGCCGGCGCUUGGGAGCGGUGGGCCGAAGACGUGCCCUAGUAUAUCUGGGCCUGGCUGCCCGCCACCCACCACAAGGGCUCUGUCUCUGCCCCCUAUCCUGGGCGUUGGAUCUACUGGAAUGAGCAGUAGCCGCUUCCUCGGCAGCUUUGGGAAGCACGGGCGAGUGGACCGCAGCCACCGGGCACGGUUGUGGGGGCGGGGUGGGCGGGGAAGCUAGGUUGUUUCCUGGUACAGUCACUGCCACCAGGGCUUUGAUUUGGGAGGAGUAGGGCAGGGGGCUAUCUGAAGCGCUUCCAUCCUAAAGCCAUAAUGAAAAUAUUCUUCCUCUGUUCCCCAUUGCAUACAAAAUAAACUUAAUGCCCACCCUUUGGUAAAUAGGAUUUGUUUUCCACUCAUGCCCUUACACCCUUUUACUCCUUGUAGUUUUAACUUAUUGACUGCGCAUGACCCAGUGGUCAAGUCAUUGGUAAAAACUAGGUUUAAAGAGAUGAGCUGUUGAAAGUGAGCUGCCCUGCCUAAUUAAUUCCUUGUGAAAAUUAAAUCACUCUUUCAGAGUUCGAGGGUCACCCUCAAAACGUAACUAUGCAUGUAGAGAACAAUAUUUAUUUUCUUUCCUCUCCUUGCCCAGUAGUCACAUCUAGUUUACUCAGGCAGCAUCUACUAAGAAAUUCAGCACCUGCAUAUCUCUCUGACGUGGUCACUAAAAGCUUAUCUUCUCCAAGAAUCACCAGAUCUGUGCGUUGAGCAGAUUUCUUGUUGGAGAUUCACCUUUAAUGCAAACACUAUAUUAUCCUCAAGUGACUUUUUUUCUUAAUGUACUUUAAGAGGUUAUAGGAUAAUUCUGUAUUUUCUAACCGGAAGAUUCAAAAGAGCUGAAUCUGUUAUGCUUCCAAACAACUGAAUGUAAAACAUUCCUAGCCAGCGGUUAAAUUACAUACCCCUAUUUACCUUCAAUAUUUUCCUUUAAAAGUAGAGAAAAAUAUUAUGUUGAUGACUGUUUCAUAUUCUCUCAGGAACUCUAAUGUUCCAGAGAGUUGGUGGUUCCAGCUGUGUUGCUGGCAGUGUUAUCCCAACCCUCUCCCUAAAACGAGAGAGCGAGUGCUUGGGUCAUCUAAUGUGGUUUUCUGUAGGAAGAGCUAGAAGGCACAGAUGAUCAAGGCUAGAGAAUAAAAUAUUAACCACCACUAGCCAUUUUAGGGCACCAAAACUUGGGAUUAAACACUUCUCACUCCCAACUCUUGAAAUGAACAGUUGUGCUAUCUGUGACUAAUUUAAAUUUUGUCCUUUGAAUAGGCUGAGCAACUUUACCUUGUUUACAGAUGUAUUGACACCAUUUGCUUCAGGCCAUGGAGCACUGUUUUCCCCUUUUUACUAUUUAUAGAAUUCCUUUUUUCAUAAAACUUUUAAUAAAAACAAACUGUAGAAAUAAACACACUGAAAUUUG